AUGACCACCAUCGACAAGCUGCUCAUCCAGGGCAUUCGCAGCUUCAGCCCACAAAACAGAAACAUAAUCGAAUUUUACAAACCCCUCACCUUGAUCGUGGGGCACAAUGGAGCCGGCAAAACGACGAUCAUCGAAUGCCUCAAGUACGCCACGACGGGCAACAUGCCACCAGGCGCGAAGAAUGGCCAAGCUUUUAUUCACGACCCCAAGGUGGCAGGCGAGCGCGAGGUGAAGGCCCAGAUCAAACUGCGCUUCAGGAACGUGAACGGAAAGCCCAUCGUUUGCACGCGAUCGCUGCAGCUCACCCAGCAGGCGAACGACAAGAAAGUGUGCAAGACACUCGAGAGCGCGCUCCAGACCUACAAUGCGGCUGGAGAGAAAGUAAGCCAGAGCUUCCGUUGCGCGGACCUGGAUCGUGAGAUACCAGAGCUAGUCGGUGUGUCGCGUCCCAUUCUGGAAAACGUUAUCUUCUGCCACCAGGAGGAGUCCAACUGGCCGCUGUCCGAGACCUCGGUGCUGAAGAAGAAGUUUGACGAGAUCUUCGCUGCCACGAGAUACACCAAAGCCUUGGAAGCUAUCAAAAAGCACCGCAAGGAACAAGCCCAGCAGAUAAAAGAGUGCAAGCUUCGGCUGGAGAACUUGCAGAAUCAAAAGGACCAUGCCCACCAGAUUCAACGAGAGCUGAAGAGCAAGCUGGAGUUCCAGGCCAAGGCCAACGAGGAAAUGGCAGCUCUGCAGCGGGAGAUAGACGAGCAGGAGAAGCUGCUUACCGAACUCAAGCGCAAGUUCAACUCGAUCAACACACUCAUGACCGAAAUUAAGCAACUCAAGGCUGUGCGACAGCAGAUGGUGAACGAAAACCAGAAAACCUAUGCUGAGCUCAAGCAAGAGUUCGAAGAAUCGGACGAGGAGCUGCUCUCUCUGGCCGCCUCCUUUAAUGAGGAGAUGGAGUCUCGACGUCAAGCCGAGAACGCGCUCGAGGGAAAGCUGGAAAAGCUGCACCGGAGCAAGAAUCAGCACGACGCGGCCCUCUUCAGCAUCAAUGAGCAGAUGAGCUCCAUCAAGUCUGCCAUAGAGGCAAGAUCACCCUGUCGCUCCUAUGACACUCGAUCGAGUGGGCCGAGGCGCAAGACCAUCCUCGCAGAGCGGGACAGCCUCAUCCUUGAGUUCAUCGACUACUACGGGCUGCAGGACUUCGACAAGCCACCCUACUCAGAAGCCAAAAUGACCAAGUUCCUCGAAACGACUAAGAAACUGCUGAACGCCAUCAUGCAAAAGACCAUGAAACUGAAGGAGGAGAACGUGGCAAGCGCAAAGAACUUCUCCGACGUGCUGAACAGGCUCCAGUCAGAACAAAGCACGCUGGAGGCCCAAAUGACCCAAAAGAGAAGCCAACUGCGAGCCAACGAAAACAAGCUGAAGCAGCUGGAAUCAGAGAUCAAGGCAAAGAGGGCUCUGCACAGCAGCCUUGGCGCACUCGAAGCGCAAAUGCAGUCCGAGCAAGAAGCCCUGGAACAGGCCAAGAAGGAGGCGGGCCUUGAAGAGCUAGCGCGUGAGAUCGGUGACCUCAUGCAGCAGAGGAAGCAGGUCGAGACUGGCAUGAACUCCCUCCGCGAGCUGAUGCGCAAGCUGAACCUCCAGGCCGACGCGAGGGCCAAGCUCAACGUCAAGAAGUCUCAGCAGAGGGAAAGAGAAGAGACCUACCGCGCAAGAUACCAGAGCAAGCAGGCCGAUUUCGAGGCAGUGUUGGGUCAGGCGGUGAACAUAGAGGCCCUCAAGCCCGCGCUGGGGAAAUCCAUCGCGGCCAAGAGGGAGGAGGUGGCGGCUACCCGCUCCCGCCUGGAGGGGGUGAAAAUGAAGGCCUCUUCGCUUGUUGGCGAAGAAAAGUCGAUCAAAUCGAGAUUGGCGCAGCUGGAGCGACAAUUGCAAGCCAAGAGGGAGGAGAUCAAGGUGAUCGGCGAAGACGACCGACCCCUGCCGGUGCUCAUAAAAGAAGCUGAGAAGAAAGUGGAGAAUGUGAGAAAGGACGUGCUCAUGAUCCAGUCCGCCGAGUUGAUCUACCAGAACUUCAUCGAGCUGGCGCGUGAGAAUCAGGAGUGUCCCCUCUGCGAUCGUGGCAUCCAUGGCGACGCUCUCAAGAAAAUGCUCGACCAGAUGCAAUCGACCAUAGACAACGUGCCCACGUCGCUGCAGGAGAACAAGCAGCUGCUCACGGAGCAGGAGACGCUCUACGAACAGCUGUGUGGCCUGUUGCCCACCUGGCAGGAUAUCACGCGCUUGAAGGACACCGAGGUUCCCCAGAUCCAACAGCGCCUGUCGGCCAUCCAGCAAUCGAUGACCGAGCUCAACUCGGAGAUCAAAGAGUCGACACUCCGGCUGGAGAAGCUGCAAGCUGAAGAGGCCAAGGCCUCCGCGCUCAUGUCCGACGCAGAGGCCAUCCUGCGCCACUACAAGGACUUCACCGUGCUCAGCGAGCAGAUUCGCGCAGAGGAAAGCACGCUGCUCCAAUCCUCUUCGGACAUGCGCACCGUGGAAGAGGUGGACAAGGAAUACUCCACGCUCAAGGAGAAGAGCCAAGAGCUUCUCGAGGCUUCCGAGCGAGCGCAGAAGGAGCAGCAGGCGCGACAGGACAACAUUCGUCGCCUGGAGUCGUGCGUGUUCGAGCUCAAGGACAAGCUCCUUCAGUCAAAGGGCAGCUAUGACUCCAUCGCGCUGCUGCAGAGGAACAUGGCUGAAAUCGAGAACAGCAGCAAAACGCUCCAGCAGGAGAUUCGGGGAGCGGAAGAGGGCCUCGCGGUCAAGCUGGGCGAGAGGGAGGAGGUACUGGCGCAGAAGAACCAGACCGAGGCCGAAAACGAGGCCAAGAUGAACGAAGUUGUCAACGAGCGACAGCUUUUCCAGGAGCGGCUGGCCUUCAUCGAGACCCUGCAGAAGCAAAUCAGCGGGAAGAACUUGGAGGAGCUGAUGACAGACGAGGAGAAGCUGGCAAAGAAGAAGCAGGAGACGGAGGCGCGCAUCGUGGCCAUCAACGAAGAUGUCAAGAAGGGCAACGACACCCUGCUCGAAAUACGCGAGUCCCUGGCCACGAGUGACAUCUUCAAGCGCAACAUUGACGACAACAUCCGAUACCGGAAACAGAAGGCCGACCUGGAGAAGCUGAACACACGGGUCAAGAAGAAGGAGGAAGAGGCCCAGCUGGAGAACACCGAGUCGGUGGAGUUCGACAUGGACCGUCUCACGAGCACCACCGAACAGAAGAAGCGCAAGCUCAACCAGCUCAUCGGAAAGCGGGACACGUUCACGAGUCAGAUCAAGGAACACCACAAGGAACUCGCCAAACCCAUCUACAAAGACAUCGACGACCAAUUCCGACAGAUGUUGAUCAAGGUCAAGACUACGGAGAUGGCCACGAGCGAUCUUGAGAAGUACUACCACGCCCUCAACAAAGCCUUGAUGAAGUACCAUCAGGUCAAGAUGGAGGAAAUCAACAAAAUCCUUCGUGAACUGUGGCAACACACAUACAAAGGGCAGGACAUAGACACCAUCGAGAUUCGCGCCGACGUCGAUCCGACGAAGGAGGGCGGAAAGUCCAGCUACAACUACCGGGUGAUCAUGGUAAAGGGCGACACCGAGCUGGACAUGCGCGGCAGGUGCAGUGCUGGACAAAAAGUCCUGGCUUCGCUUGUAAUCCGGCUUGCGCUGGCAGAGACCUUCUGCCUCAACUGUGGCAUCCUCGCCCUGGACGAGCCCACCACCAACCUCGAUCGUUACAACGUCGAGAGCUUCGCGAAUGCCCUUGUCAACAUUAUUGCCUCUCGAAGCCAACAACGCAACUUCCAGCUCAUCAUCAUCACGCACGACGAGGAGUUCGUGCAGCUCCUUGGCCGCAGCGAACACGCGGAUUACUACUGGCGCGUAUCGAAAGACAUCAAGUACGUCCGAGGCCAAGACUCCUAUGAGUGA